CUACGACCGACACCCACCAACACAACCGAUGGCCAUUCUCUUCUUCUUCCUCUCCCUUCUCCUCCACUCCUUCCAUUUCUCCAGUUCAGAGUCGUUUCUCGGAGUGAACUAUGGCCAAGUGGCGGACAAUCUGCCGUCGCCGUCAGCCACCGCGAAGCUUCUCCAAUCCACAUCCAUCGAGAAAGUCAGACUGUACGGUGCGGAUCCUGCUAUUAUCAAGGCACUAGCUAACACUGGGAUCGGAAUCGUCAUUGGUGCCGCCAACGGAGAGAUUCCGGGUUUGGCCUCCGAUCCCAACUCCGCCACUCAAUGGAUCAACUCCAAUGUAUUGCCGUACUACCCCGCCAGCAAAAUCAUCCUUAUCACUGUUGGCAAUGAGGUUGUGACCACAAAUGAUCCAAACCUACAAAACCAGCUUCUUCCCGCGAUGCGAAACGUCCAGAACGCCCUGAACUCGGCGGGACUCGGCGGGAAGAUCAAGGUGUCGACGGUUCACUCGAUGGCGGUGUUGGGUCAGUCCGACCCGCCAUCCUCCGGUUUGUUCGUCGGGAGUUACCAGCCCAUAAUGAAGGGGUUGCUGCAGUUUCAGAAGGAUACCGGGUCCCCGUUCACCAUCAACCCCUACCCGUUUUUCGCGUACCAGAGUGACUCGAGACCGGAAACGCUUGCGUUUUGCCUGUUCCAACCCAACGCCGGACGAGUCGACUCAGGGACUGGGAUUAAUUACAUGAACAUGUUUGAUGCUCAGGUUGAUGCUGUACAUUCUGCCUUGAGUGCAAUGGGAUUCAAGGAUGUUGAGAUUGUGGUUGCUGAGACUGGAUGGCCAUACCAAGGGGAUAGCAAUGAGGUUGGGCCCAGUGUUGAGAAUGCAAAGGCAUAUAAUGGGAAUUUGGUUGCACAUUUGAGAUCAAAGGUUGGGACUCCUUUGAUGCCUGGAAAAUCUGUUGAUACAUACCUCUUUGCACUCUAUGACGAGGACUUGAAACCAGGUCCUGGUUCUGAAAGAGCAUUUGGACUCUUCAAACCUGACCUUUCAAUGACAUAUGAUGCUGGCCUAUCAAAGAGCGGUCAGGCUCCAAGUCCAGCAUCUCCACAACCAAAACAGACUGGUUGGUGUGUUCCAAAGGCUGGAAUUCCUGAUGCUCAAUUGCAGUCAAGUCUAGACUAUGCCUGUAGCCAAAAUAUCGAUUGCGGUCCCAUCCAACCUGGUGGUGUCUGUUUUGAACCAAAUACUGUUCCAUCACAUGCUGCUUAUGCUAUGAACCUCUACUAUCAGACUGCUGGCAAGAAUCCGUGGAAUUGUGAUUUCUCACAAACUGCGACACUAACGUCUCAAAAUCCUAGUUAUAAUAAUUGUAUCUACCCUGGUGGGAGCACCUGAAGAGGCAGGGAAAAACUUUGUUUGAAGUUGAAUAAAUAGAGUGAUUAAUUAAAUAAGAGGUGGUGGUGUACUUUGUUGGUCUCAUUUGAAGAUUUAAUACUUAAGUUUUGAUGCAUUAGUGUAGUUCUCUCAGUCCCCAAUUAUCUUAUAACUGAUAUACAUAUAUCAGAGGUGGGAAAAACUGUGGAUAAAGUGGAAUUAUGUUAGAGAAAGACUAGUUGUUGAAAUGGGUUCUCUCUUAAGUGUUUAUUUUCUACCAUGUACCAUUUCCAGGAUUCCAAUCCUAUAAAUGUAAAAUAUAAAUAAAAUGAUUUUGUCAUU